AGAAGCGGUGAAAAUAUGGAGGACGAGCUCAUGACUGUUAAAUCAACGUACUACGACUCGGAAGGUUGCGAUUUUGUGUUUGAGCAUUGUUGGCAAUACUUGAAAAAUACGGAAAAGUUUGGGAAAACACCAUCAAUGGGAAACACCCACUUUAGUGUUCCUAAUCAUGUCAACUUGGAUGACGAUGGAACAACCACUACCGAGGAUGAGCUUCCGUCAUCAAGAAAGGCACGUCCUCAAGGACAAAAAGCACAGAAGCUAGCUAAGAAAAAAGGCAAUAAGCAGGAUGCGGAUGGCCUACGAGUUCAAAUGCAGAAAUGUUAUGAACAAACCAAACGCGAGUACCAACAAAGGCAAAGACAGUUUGAGGAAGGUCAACUAAUUGAGCAACGCGCUGAGGAUGCUCGCACGAUGCAGGUGGAUCCAUCAAUUUUCACCCCAAGAAAGAGGAGUUAUUGGGAGAGGAAGCAACAACAAAUAAUUGAUAAGGAGGCAGAAACUUCAAGCAUCCCGGAACAAUCUCAAGAUCCUACACCCCCUGAAGGAGACAACACAGCCUUGACCACUUAUGAUCCACUUGGCGAGACAUCUUGGAUGUAAUGAAUAUUGUUAGUUGCUUUGAAUGGUUUGUGUUUUAAUUUAUGAUAAUAAAAAUUAUUUUGUUGAGUAGAUCAUCUUCGUAAA